CACAGUGACUAGCAGAGGUCACCCAGAGAAUAACUACAGUAUGUAGAGUACCAACUGAAUAUCGAUACUGAGUAUUGGAGAUUACUGGAGAAAAUGGCACAGAUGGUAUGCAAACAGGAUGAGCUGCAGAUUAUUGUUCUUGGGUACAACCGGUCUGGCAAGACCGCAACGAUAAACACAUUCCUGGGAGUCGGAGCGUAUCAUCAGGGGGAAGGAGCAACACAUUCCGUCAAGAGAGAGGGGCGUGGUUGUGGGCAGGAAGGUGACUUUGAUUGACACUCCUGGAUGGUGGAGGUUUUAUUCCGCCACCCAAACCACAGAGUACAUCAAACGUGAGCUUGUGCUGAGCACCUCCCUCUGUCCACCCGGACCCCACGCCUUCCUCCUGGUGGUCAAGCUUGACAAUCAGUUUACUGAAAAUGAACAGACUUCAGUGGUGGAACACUGUGAGCUCCUGGGUGCAAACAUCUGGGAGCAUACCAUUGUCUUGUUCACCAAGGGGGAUUUAUUGACAGACAAAACCAUUGAGGAGCGCAUCAAGAGCAAGGAUGAAACCCUUGAGUGGUUGGUGAGGACAUGCGGAGGCAGAUUUCAUGUCUUUAACAACAAGACCAAACGUGAUGAUCAAUCUCAAGUCAAAACACUUUUGGAUAAGCUAGAAGAACUGAUAGCCAGUAACCAUCACCGUCCCUUUGAGGUUGACCACAUCAAACUGAAAGAUAUUGAAAAGGCAAAGAAAGCUGAUAAGGAACGAGGAUUCAAAUUCAAAGAGAAAGUCACAGAACAAAGAAAGAGGAUCAAGACAGGAGAGGUGCUCCCUCUUCCUGAAAUAAGAAUGCUACUAGUUGGAUGGAUGAUCUCUGGGAAGAGUUAUGCAGGAAAUAUCAUCCUAAAUGGAGAUCAUUUUACCCCUGGGAAAGUGACUGAGAAGGCUGAGAGUAGACAAGGAGAAGUUUGUGGCCGAAAUCUCACAGUGGUUGACACACCUGGGUGGUGGAAGUUCCUCCCGACUAAGUACACUCCUGGGAAGGUUAAGUUGGAGUUAGAGAGAGGAGUAGGUCUUUGUAAGUACCCUCACGCUAUCCUCCUCACUUUGCCGGUGGAUGUGUCAUUCCAUGAGGAGCAGAGACACAUAAUCCAAGAAACAUUGGAGACACACUUGGGAGAGGAUGUAUGGAGACACACCAUCAUUCUCUUCACAUUCGGAAACCUGCUGAAAGACACCACCAUAGAGGAGGUCAUCGAGAGUGAGGGCAAAGCUCUGCAGUGGCUCGUCCAGAGGUGCGGAAAUAGAUAUCACUUCUUUGGUGAGAGAGCGAAGAGUAGCAGGGAGGUUGGAGAGCUGCUGGGGAAGAUUGAGCAGAUGGUGGCAGGAAAUUGUGUGCAUUGCCCUAUAAUGGCCCGACAAACAGACAUGGAAACAAAGGCUGAAAGGCACAAAGCAGACAAUGAUGUUGCAUGCACAGAUGAUGUCAUCGAUGCACUGUACAGAGAAUGGUUGCGUAGAGAUGAAAAGAUGAUUAAGGAGGUCUGGAAGAAGUGGGAGGCUGCUAUGGCAGCAUGCAAACAAAAAACAGACAAAAGCAUAGACAUUCCACUUGAAUUUAAGGGAGAAUCACAAUCCAUGGACACUAUCAGCCAUAGUGAAACCUUCCAGGAUAAACCUUCUUACACUGCAAAAGAUGAAUUGCAGAAUGAUAAGAAUGACCAGAGCAUCCAAAGGCAGCGGGCAGAUAAUGAGACGCUUGCAAGUAAUUUGAAAGAUCUGCUCGAUUAUGAAUGGAGAAGGCGGGACUUUAUACUCAAGGAGCUAGUCCGUGAAGCAGUAAAGGAACUUAAACGUGAUGGUUCAUCUGAGCCAGAUCCAAAGGAGCAGAGGGAAUCCAGGGACAAAGUCGUGGGCUGGUUACUGAAAAGCUCUGGCUAUGGUUCCUAUAUGAGUGACUCCCAAGACCUUUUAAACGUCAGUGACAAGGACAGCCAUGGCUCGAACAUGAAUAACAUCAGUAAGUAGGAAGACGAGAUUCCACACACUAUGCAGUGGUUUUGUGGGAGGGCCACAAGAUGGACGACACAACAAGCUCUAGACAAGGACUGUUCAGACUAAAAACACAAGUACAGCAUUGUAUGCAAUCACUUAUGUAUCAAUUGUUAUUCUAUAAGAACAUAAUUGGAAUGGAUUUAUAGUUAUAAAUUUCUCUUAAUACAUCUGAGAACAUUUGUAAAAUAAGAUGUGUGUUUAUAUUUUAUGUUCCACCCCACAAAUUAUUUUAAGAGUUUCAAAAUUAUCUGUAAAAUAAAAUAGUCUAAUUGCUAAAAAAUGUAUUUUUUUUAUCUUUUUGGAAAUGUCAUAUUCUCUUUUAUAUUUUAUGUUGUAACGAC